CUCCAGCCUGCUGUACAACCACACUGCAACCUAGCCUCAGCCCGUCUGCCUGCUUGCUGCCCGUCUGCUCCUGCCUGCCAGCCCGUCUGCUCACAAGGCUCUCUAAGGUUACUCUGCUCAGCCUGCAUAGUCUGCUCCUCGCUUGCUUGGACUUCUACUGUGUGUGUACUACUACUCCAGUGGCAGACGAAGAGGACACAGGGAUGUGUUAGCUGUGGAUAAGCUGCUACAUACUCACUCAUGUAAACAAAGCCCAAACUAUCACCAUCAUCUCAAGUAGAAUCACAAGCCCAAGGCAGUAGCAGCACAUCUCUGUUGUCCCGAACCCUGACUCCAGUAUGGGAAACUUCUGUUCCAUGGGGGCCUCCAGGCAGGCAAAGAAAGAGGCCAUGGAAGACGGCAGCAUGUACGAGAAGAAAAAACCAGAGGAACCAACAGCAGAUGCCGCUCAGAGCGACGCCACGAAACCAUCAAUUGUCAUUAGCGACGACCAGUCCUCGAAACCUGCUGAAGGUGGAGGCUUCUUGGCUGGAGCUACCGACCUUAUUUCUAACACUGGUAGCCAGCUGAAGGACAUGGCUGAGAAGGAGAUUGAUGAGAAGAAGAAGGAAGCUGAGGCUAAGACAGAGGAGGUGAAGGAGACAGUUACUACCAAGGCUGAAGAGGUGAAGGAGACCGUUGUUACAAAGGCGGGGGAGAUUGGUCAGAACUUGUCAUCAGGAUUCUCCAGUGCUAUUGGUGGGGUCAAGAGCAGUGUGGAUGAUAAGGUAAACGAGGCUGAGGAUGCCAAGAAGAAAAUGGAGGAUUCCGUUGCUUCAAAGAAGGAUGAAGCUUCCUCUGGCAUCUCUGGAACAGUGGCAGGAAUUGGCAAGACAGUUGAUUCCACAAAAGAUGCUGCUGCAGCCAAAGUUGCUGAGGCAAAAGAAAGUGUUGAUAAUAAAGUUAAGGAAACCCAAGAUUCAGCCAAUGCAGCUGCUGAUUCAGCCAAAGCUGCAGCUGUAGCUGCCAAAGAAUCUGCUGAAAGCAAGGUCACUUCAGCCAAGGAGCAGGUUGAGAGUGAAGCUAACAAGGCAGCCAAGAGUGUCAGUGAUAGUGUUGACUCCACCAAGGCAUCUGUUGUGGCUGCUAAAGAGUCCGCUGAGCAGCGGGCAGAACAGGCUGCAGAGGAUGUCGGUAACAAGGUGGAGUCUUUGAAGGCAGAUGCUGAGGCCAAGAAAGAGGAACUUGAAGGAUCAGUGUCAGCAGCAGCAGCUGAUGCUAAGAACAAGAUCGGUUCAGCAGCUGAGGAGGCUAAGUCCAAGAAAGAUGAAGUUGUUGCUGGAAUCUCAGCAACAGCUGAUGAUAUUAAGGGGAAAGCUGAGACAGCUAAAACUGCUGCUGCAGCUGAAAUUGAAAGUAAGAAACAGGAGGCAGAGGCUGGUAUUUCUUCAGCUGUCUCACAAGCUGAAACUGCAGCACAGUCUGCCAAGGAGUCAGUGGAAGAACAGGCAAACAAAGCCAAAGGAAGAACUGGAGAGGAAGAAACAAGAGCUUGAAGCUGGUCUGGCUGCUGCCACAGCUGAAGCCAGUUCUGCUGUUGAUUCAGCCAAGGAUUCUGUUGUCAGUGCAAAGGAUAGCGUUGUCACUGGAGUAACUGAAAAGGCAAGUGAAGUAGAAGCAGGAGUCACAGAAGCUAAAG